GCCUUGAAGGAAGGGUGGAGCUGGCCACCAAGUUUGGGGUGGUAUUCAGUACCGGGGAGAGGGAGGUGCGAGGAGACGGCCGAUGGAGUUUUGGAGAUCCGGCAUAUGUGAGGGCUGCCUGCGAGGCAAGCUUGAAAAGGCUCUCGGUAGACUACAUUGAUCUCUACAAUCAGCACCGGAUCGACACCCGAAUUCCUAUCGAAGUCACGAUGGGAGAACUUAAAAAGCUAGUUGAAGAAGGAAAGAUAAAAUAUAUAGGGUUGUCUGAGGCCCCUGCACCAACUAUCAGGAAGGCACAUGCGGUUCAUCCAAUUACUGCUGUCCAGCUUGAAUGGUCUUUAUGGACAAGAGAUGUAGAAGAAGAUAUAGUUCCUACUUGCAGAGAACUUGGCAUAGGAAUUGUUGCCUACAGCCCACUGGGGAGAGGCUUUUUCUCCUCAGGGGGCAAAGAUUAU